GCACCGGCUCAACCAGCCUUCUUCGAAACAAAAUGAUAAUCUCACUCGAGCUCAGGGAAUAAAAAACAAAAAAGCUGACCUCAAACGAUUAUCAAAAGCACAGAAAGUCCAGGUGGAAGUUUCACUCCAUCUUCUCUCAUACUUGCAAGAUGUUAAACAAAUCAAGUGAAAUACCGGCCAUUACAGAGUCGUUCCCAGCAAAUGAUCUUGUUCUGGAUGUUCUCACUCAGCUGACAGGCCAACUGAAUCAUGCUUUUGUGACUGGCCCAUAUGCAGCUAAAUUGCCAGAAGGAUCUGAGGCUAAUUUUUCUUCAGAGGGCAUUGCUUUCCACUCUACUUGUGGAAAAUCCAAGUAUAUACUCUCAGCUCAUGAGUUGAAACCCAGUACUUCUCUGGAGAGCUUUUUGAGUUAUCUUGACUUGCAUGGCAAAAUUGCAAAGUCAAAUGUUGAGGAUCGCCGGAUCACCCUCCAGCUGGUUGUGCCAGUCAAAUAUGUGGGCAAUACACCAUCAUUGCUGGGUUCAGCUUCAAUGCCCUCCAAUAGACGUAAAAGAAAAACUGUAGUUGGGCAUGCUGUCUCUCGUGCAUUGCCGAAUCCUCCGCCGUCUCAGCCUCAACCCCGCAGCCGUUACCAAAGUCGAUGGUCGAAGAAUGCCAGUGCUACGCCUCUUCAAGUAAUUGAAUAUGAAACUCACAGCUUCAAAAAAACCAUUUGCCGUCUCUCGCAAGAUGGUAACACAACACUGGAACAACUCUCGGAACUCGAAACAAUUGAAAUUGCGAAGAAUUGGCUUUCCUACUCAAAGCAAGGUUUUCCGGGUGGUGGUUAUCUUGGGAAAGGAUAUUAUAAGUAUGCAAUCAGGGCAAAAUACGAAGGCAAUGAUGUUGCACUUCUUCAGUAUAUCCCCCAGGGUUCAACAUCAGAAACUAAUCAUCAAAAUCUUCUUGCUGAACUGGAUGUCUUAACUCAAGCAUCUGGAUUUGCAGCAUCAUUCAAGGAGCGCACACAAAUGACUUUAAGCACGACUCUCCCCAACAUCUCAUAUAACUCGGAUGGAGCUUUCAUUGGGAUGACUACUUCUUUCAUCCCAGCAGGUCCUUUACCAGUCAACAGCUCCGAUGUGAGUGAUGAGCGGAGCCUAUUGUAUAAUACCUUCCUUGUUGUUCCUCUGCUUCCCACUGGGGGUUUUUGUAAAGAGCGAAGAUUUUCUGGUAAUUCCGAAAUCGGCCAGAAUGAUGAGGAUUAUGCGGGAAUGAUGAUCGAUGCUUUCGCGCACCAUGUUGUGGAAGAUGCAAACGGUGAGUAUAUGUUAGCUGACAUACAAGGAAUUGUUCAGUUUGACAAGUCAAUCAUUUUAUUUGAUCCUCAAGCACAUACAAAAGCCGGAAUGUCGGGUAGCUGGGAUCGAGGAAGUGAAGAGAUUGACAAGUUCUGCAAGGAACAUAAAUGCAAUGUUAUUUGCAAGCAACUGGAGCUUCGAGAUCUCUUACAACCGUUCCCACAUCGGCCUUGGUGAUAUCACAAUAUAGUAUCAUGGGCUCUGGGUGUUUAACUCCUGCACUCGGUGUUCUAUCGUAUCUUCUCUCUUAUCUCAAAUA